UGUUUUGAAUCCUGUUUGGGAACCUGAAGUGGGAGCCUGUCAAGAAGAAGUGAUUGUACUAUGGCUUCACCAUCUGUGGAUAAACAGGAUAGUAUGGAUAAUAUGGAUUUAGUAAUCGUUCAUGGUGCUCAAAAGCAUGCUUUAACUUUGAAAAUGUUAAAUGCAAGCGAUGAACCUACCGUGCAGUCACUUGCAGAAUGUGUGCAAAAGCAACUUGGUGUACCAAUUAAAUCACAGAAAUUGAUUCACAAAGGUAAAUCACUUGACUGUUCUGCGACGUUAAUAUCGUAUGGAAUAAAGUCUGGAAGCAAAAUUAUGCUUAUUGGAAGUAAGUACACUCAUGAAGAUGACCCAAACUACAAGCAUCUUUCCAAAAUUGACGACACAGUUUCUGAGCUGCACAGACAGCUUGGCCUUCUUCUCCAAGAAUUUGAUGGAAUCAAGAAAGGAUAUUUGGAAGAAAAACUUGCUGAGCAAAGUGUUAAAAAACUAAUCAAGAAAGUUACUGGAAUUAUUGAAGAAAAUAUGAAGAAAAUAGAAUAUGUUGAUACGCUUAAAGUUGAUCAACUUCUUAAAAUGAAAAGGAAAAAUCUAGUUAUUAAAAUACAGUCCAACAUUGACAAAGCUGACAAAUUUAUUAUGGCGUUGAACAAGUACUUGGUUAAAGAUAACGCAGAUUGAUGUGAAUGUUGUCAAUUCAUUGUGUAUCGCUGCUUAAUCUAAACUCCAACUCUCUGAAAUGAUAUUUUGUAUCGUAAAACGUCCCAUCAAAAUGCUAGAAUUGGAGCUUAAUUGUUUACCGAGACUCAUGGAAUAAUGUACGCUUUGCUGUGUCAUUUUAAGAUGUAUAAGAAUAUUUUUUCGUGAGUAAUAAUGCUUGAAGAUUAUGAAUAGUUAAAAAUAACCGAACCAAUUUUAUUUAGUCCUAGAAAAAUGAAUAGCGAAACUUGUUCAUACUUGUUGAAACAUUGAGCCAGUUUUACGUGUAGUUAGAAUAGUGACAUUGGGAAUUCAAUGGCACAGCGCAUUUGGACCAAUGAGAUGUUAAUUAACCUUUUUCAGUGUCGUUGUCACCGAUCUACAAGUUUUCAUCAUUUAUCCUUACUUUGUAUGGAAUCUUAUUGAUGAAAUCGGUGAUCUUCACAAAAAUAAACAAAGUAUUCUUCAUUUUUUAAAUGAAAUUGAAAAAAGUGGAAGUAUUGCACAUUUAACGAAGAAGAGAAGACUCAAUGAAGUUUAAUGGAUCAAGAGUGGUUGUCAAAAAUGAUUUAUUGCCCUUGGAUAAUUCUUCAUUGGACGUCUGGAAAAGCAAUAUCAACAAUCGUUUACAGACAGCUGAACAUAUGAACAUGAAACUUGAAUUUAUGAAUAUAGGAAAUAACUGGUUUAGACGUAAUGAGUAAUUGUUACAACACUACACCGAGUGCAUUUUACUAGUAGUUUUUACCGAUUAGUAGACGGUAGACCUCAUUAAAAGAAGUAAUAAAGGUAAUUUAGAAAUUUGUAGAAAUUUUAUUGUGAUUAAGACUAUUUCAAGAGAUCUUGAAUAACGGAUGAGGCAAUUUAGAAACUUGUAGAAAUCUCACAUUUAUUUUCCAUUUAAAUGGCAUUUUGCUUUGUGUAACUGUGAAAAUUAAUAUUAUCAACUGUGUUUAUUCCAUUUGAUAAUUGCUGUAAUUGUAGCUAUAUACAAAAAUUUUUUCCCAUUGA